AUGCCGCCCACAUCUGGCGGUCUGGGUCCGGUUCUGGGCUCAUCCUCGGACACGGAAAGCACUGGAUACUUCAUUUUGGACAACCGCGAGGUGUUGCAGUACAGCGAGAUCCCCAGUGGGCUUUCUGACCAGCAGGUUUACAUCUUGCGAUGCGUUUCCCUGUCUCUCUCGCUUUUUACCCUGUCACUCAUUGUGCUUGUUACGUAUUGGUUCUUCCGCAUGCGCAGAAGCUUCCGUCAUGACCUCAUUAUGCUCCUCAUUGUCAGCGACGGCCUCGAGGCCCUCUUCUUCAUGAUUUUUCCCAUCGUCGACUUUGCCAUGGGGCCGAUCCAGUCAGAGUCGGUCUUUUGCCAGAUAAGCGGCUUCUUCCUCGCCGUCGGCAUCGAGGCGUCAGACAUAGCCGUGGCACUCAUCGCCAUCCACACAGCGCUCUACAUCUUCAAGCCAAGGCAGCUCAACGGCCAGAGCGGGCUGUAUCCGUACCGCCGCACGGCCUACGCCGUCUUGUUCAUCCUGCCGGUCGUCCUGGCGUCCCUCGCCUUCAUCAAUACGCCGGCGUACGUCAACAACGGGCAGUACUGCUACCUGCCGAUCCAGCCGCUCUGGGCGCGGCUCGCGCUGAGCUGGAUUCCGCGGUACGUCAUCCUGCUCAUCAUCAUCGUGUCGUACUUUUGUACGUACGUUUACGUGUCGGUGCUCAUGCACCGCUUCGGCAAGGAGAGCAAAAUGCGGCGGCACAGCAACGCGCCGCCGCCGCCGCCCGUCAGCAUCGACCAGACGACGAGCAGCCCGAGCAAUGUGAGCAACAACCAGGCCGGCACACGCAACAUGUCUGUCCCGCCGACGCCGCCGAUCGCCUACCACGGGCUCAUCCCGUCGACGUCCGACUCGCACCACUCGUGCUCUGAGGAGGAGCGGCAGCGCCACGGGUCCGUCUCGAGCGAGGGCUCCUGCGGCGAGCCGCUGCGGCGUCCGUUGGCCGGCCGGUUGCGUGUCGACUCGCACCACACGGCGCACGGUAUUCGGUGGAAGUGGCCUCUGUUCGGGGGCGAGGCCGUCGCGUCGAUGGACACGGAGCAGCAGCAGCAGCAGCAACAGCAACAACAACAGCUGCGGGAGGCAAAUCAACACCAAGAACAAUACACGACGCAACAUGACGCCCACGUCGAAGCCGUCCACUUCCCACAACAAGGGGACAACCGGGUGUCCUACCAGGCCAUCGCCUCCCCUCCACCAGCCCGCACCUCCGAUCCGACAACGGCGCGACACUCGCUGCCGCCAAGCCUCGGCAAAACAAGUGACCAGUCGCCCUCAUCGCUCUCCAGCCCCAACGGGCGGCCAUAUCGACACCCGCACACCGAGUCCUCCUCGACAGCCUUCUCAUCAACGCCCUCGCCCUCGCCCUUUCUCUUCGCCAUCGCCGCCUCGGCCGGCCCGCUCCGGCGCACCGGCGGAACCGGAACCGGGAUCGGCGCCACGGCCACCGAUCCGUCGGGCAGCAUGGCGCGCGCGCGGCUCAAAAUCCGGCGGCAGCUGCGCCUACUCUUCGUCUAUCCGCUCGUUUAUAUACUCGUGUGGGCGGUGCCGUUCGCGCAGCACGUGCUGCGGUGGAACGAGCCGCUGCGCGCGGGGCCCUUUGGGCUCGUGCUCGCGAGCCUCGUGAGCCUGUGCAUGCAGGGAGCCGCCGAUGCCGUGCUGUUUGCGCUGCGGGAGAAGCCCUAUGCUGCCUUCAACGCCGUGUCACCGUCACCUGCUGUGCUCUCUGCUGUGCUCUCUGCUGUGCUGCCGUGCACCCAGGGUCUGACGGCUGUCCGGGAACAAUAA